AUGAAGUUCUUACCCUCUCUCAUCGUCCUCGGUCUUUCUACCCAGGCUCUUGCGAGCUCUUACAUCGAUUAUGUUACUAAGGACGGUCAUGGUCUUACUGUUUACAAGGUCAUAGAUUACAUUAACACUACUACCUCAGACUUCAAUGCCCGGAUUCAGAGUUACGAGGGCGGUGAUCUCCGAAACAUUCUCGAUGGCGGUAAUAAAGUUACUAGAAUAAUGAAGAUAGGGGCUAUGAUGGUCAAGCAGAAAACGACGGAACCCCUUACUGAUGCUCAGUUCCCUAGCUUCCUCUUACAUAUGGGGAAAGAGGGUGGUUUUGAAGAUACGUUGAAAAAGGCGAUGGAUACUCUUAUCGUUAAGAAGUCGCUUAUUCUUGCUUCUGGCAAGGGUUCUAAGCUUGGGUUAGUGCUUUACAGUCAGCAGAUGGCUUCCAUAGUCCUCAGUGCCGAGAUCAUUGGGAAGAUUCCCGCAGAAAAGGUCCAAGAUUUUAGAUCACACUGGCAUGAGAAGGUCAUCCAGAUCAUCGGGAGAGCUGUUGAUACCUUUGAUACCUCUAUCCAUCCCGCGCCAGUACCCUCUAUGUCUUCUAUUACCUUAGACGCUAGAGGUGCUGUAGUAACAAAUAAUUCGCCUGCUGGCCCUGCUUUUACUAGUGCUGCUAGUGCUAACUAG